CUACCGGAAGUACGAGUUAUCUGUUCCCGCCCCGCCCGCUCACUCAACCCAACCCGAAGAGAAAGCGAGUCUACGGCUAAAAAUAUAAUUCCCUACACAAGAUGGCCGGGUUGCCUCGUAGGAUUAUAAAGGAGACACAACGGUUGAUGGCAGAGCCGGUUCCAGGGAUCACGGCCACGCCUGAUGAAGGAAACGCUCGCUACUUCCACGUGAUCAUCGCAGGACCUCAAGACUCUCCCUAUGAGGGAGGCACGUUUAAACUAGAACUAUUUCUUCCAGAAGAGUACCCCAUGGCAGCUCCCAAAGUGCGAUUCAUGACCAAAAUCUAUCACCCCAACGUCGACAAACUGGGAAGAAUAUGUUUAGACAUUUUGAAAGACAAGUGGUCCCCAGCCCUGCAGAUCCGCACAGUGUUGCUAUCUAUCCAGGCGUUAUUAAGUGCUCCCAACCCAGACGAUCCGCUGGCGAACGAUGUUGCAGAACAGUGGAAGAAACAUGAAAUGCAUGCCAUUGAGACAGCCCAAACAUGGACUCGACUCUUUGCCAGCAACACUGAAGUAUAAAGGAAGAGGGAAGAGGCAUCUGAAUGUGAUCCACAAAAUGUACUCCUACUCUGUUAACAUUGAGUUUAACGAACCCACACACAUAAAAGUCCAGAUCUAUUUGAAAGAGAUGACAAUAUUUACUGCUGCAGACCUCUGGGUGACUUAUUUCCUCCUUAAAAUGCGUUAAAUGUGUGAUACCCUUUUUUUUUUUUUCUUAUUUUAAUUUUCUUCCUGUGUUUCUAUUUAAACGCAUGGACAGGGAGUCCACCACAGUCUUAAAAAUCACAUGCAAGAUGUUGUCCUGAGCGUGGCGAAUACUGGUACGUCAUCAAAGAAUAAAUGUAUUAAAGCUGUCCUCGUUUUAAACCAGGCGUUGUUUGUCAGCACAUCUGUAUGCCUUUGAGUCUGAAAGCGUUGAAACAACGGGGUUUGAACAGUUGCACAUCCAAAAGGAAGAGCAGCAUUCGAUGGUUUUCAUCUUCAAACAAACAAACAAGCAAAAGUCUCUUCCAAAUCUCUUUUAGUCUUAUAUUUUGUAGGUUCAGACUUUUUGAGCUCACAGGCGGCAAAAAUCAUUUCUGUUAUCAGACAGCAGUAAAAAAAUAAAAGGACAAGCAUUUCAAAGUUAAUGACCCUUCCUGAGGCACCAGUUUUACAUUUACAGCUGAAAAUAUUCUGUAGAAAAUAAAAGGGAGGGUUGUUUUCAAACUUAAAAACGAAUCCUGUGUUUAAGACUGAAGCUCGCAGCGCAGAGGUCCAGAGGAUGAAGAUUUUCAAAAUAAAUUUAUUUUUUUUAAACUGCAGGAAGUUUGAUCUUGUUUUUACUUUUACUGUUCGUACCUCUUGACCAGGUCUCUCGAAAAACAGUUUUUUUUUAUCUCAAGGGACUUCCUGGUAAAUUAAAGGUUCAAUAAAAAUAUAGCUGUGUUUUGCCUGUAUUUUUAUUCUAGCGUUCAUCUAAAAAUUUGGGAUGCACCAGAACCAAACUGCAGGUUUCUAUUCUUUUUCUGUUGAUUAAAGGUGAAAUGUUGA